GCCAUUUUGUGGCAGUGCCUGCGUCCCCGGCCCCGUCGCGCCCGCUCGCGCUGUACGUCCCGUCCCGCUCCGCUCCGCUGCGCGCCUGAGCCGGUCCCGGGGCGGCUCCGUCGAUGGCCAGCUUUCCCGAGAGGGUCAACGAGAAGCUCAUCGCUCGGUCGCGCACUGUGGGAGAACUCUUAGCCCCCACUUCUCCUUUCGACAAGAAGUGCGGACGUGAGAACUGGACUGUUGCCUUUGCUCCCGAUGGCUCCUACUUCGCUUGGUCACAAGGGCAUCGCAUCGUGAAGCUGGUUCCCUGGGCACAGUGCCUUAAUAACUUCUUGUUGCAUGGCACAAAGAAUGUGGCAAAUUCAAUCAGUUUAAGACUUUCAAGACAGAACAGUGAUAGCAGUCAGAAAAACAAGCCCUGUGAACAUAUCAUAGACUGUGGUGAUAUAGUCUGGAGUCUUGCGUUUGGGUCUUCGGUGCCUGAAAAGCAGAGCCGCUGUGUAAAUAUAGAAUGGCAUCGUUUCAAAUUUGGGCAGGACCAGCUCCUCCUUGCAACAGGCUUGAACAAUGGGCGCAUCAAGAUAUGGGAUGUAUAUACAGGAAAGCUCCUCCUUAACCUGAUGGACCAUACAGAAGUUGUUAGAGAUUUAACCUUUGCUCCAGAUGGCAGCUUGAUUUUAGUGUCUGCAUCAAGAGACAAAACACUGCGAGUGUGGGACCUCAAAGAUGAUGGAAAUAUGAUGAAAGUUCUAAGAGGACACCAGAACUGGGUAUAUGGCUGUGCAUUCUCUCCAGACUCUUCCAUUCUCUGCUCUGUUGGAGCUAAUAAAGCAGUUUUUCUCUGGGAUAUGGAUAAAUACUCCAUGAUACGGAAACUCGAAGGACAUCACAAUGAUGUUGUAGCCUGUGAGUUUUCUCCUGACGGAGCUUUACUGGCUACUGCAUCUUACGAUACUCGAGUUUAUGUCUGGGAUCCACAUAUUGGAGUUAUUCUUAUGGAAUUCGGGCAUCUGUUUCCCCCUCCUACUCCAAUAUUUGCUGGAGGAGCAAAUGACCGAUGGGUCAGAUCUGUAUCUUUCAGUCACGAUGGACUACAUAUUGCAAGCCUUGCUGAUGAUAAAAUGGUGCGGUUCUGGAGGAUCGAUGAAGAUUACCCCGUGCAAGUGGCACCGUUGAACAAUGGGCUCUGCUGCACCUUUUCUACUGAUGGCAGCGUUCUAGCUGCAGGGACGCAGGAUGGCAGUGUGUAUUUCUGGGCAACCCCCAAACAAGUUUCCAGCCUCCAGCACCUGUGUCGCAUGGCAAUUCGAAGAGUGAUGCCCACCAGCCUAGUCAAGAACUUACCUAUCCCCUCAAAAAUGGUGGAGUUCCUUUGUUACCAGAUAUAAAUACAAGGGAGGAAAAAAGUAACUGGCAGGUGCCCCAGCUGCUGAAACUGGCUAAACACUUUAAAGAAUCCUCAAACUUUACAGCCUUUAAGCUUAAAAUUCUACAGGUUUUCAAGAGCUAUUUAAUGGAUAGCCCAAAUACUAUUUUGUAAAAAUGCCUGACAAGUUUUUAAUAUUUAUAGAAAACACAGUAGAAGUAUUCCUGAUGUUCUCAAUUUCCUAAGAUAUAACUGUGAAAACAUGUACAUACAUAGACAUAAGCUGCUAUGUGUUAUCAAUGUACCUUUAAAAAUUUGCUUUUAUGAUUUUUUUAAUGUGUAUCAUGUAUAUAUUGCUUUUGUAGAGCAAUCAGAUGCAUCUGUGCUGUAAAGUGGAAGGAUAGCUAUUAUUCUGGGACACUGAGUUAGAAAAAAAUAUUGACUUAAGGAAGCUUAACUUCUCUGUAUGUAUGUACAUUGGUUGGGAUUCAGGAAACUGAUACUGUAGUAUCAGUAUGAAAUAAACUGUAGGUUUAUUUUAUUUCAUGAAAAGGUACCGCGUAGCUUUCUAGAGCAAUGUAUGGUGAAGGGACGUAGGCUGAGGUAAGGAAUGGAUUUUAUCUUCUGUAAAUCCAAGAAUGUUGCCUGAGUAACAGCUAAAAAGGCCUUAAGUUUUGUAUCAACAAAAAAGUUAAAUUUCAGUGUUGGGCAGUGUUAAAGAAGUAUUUCCUUACAUUUCUAAAAUCCAACUACUGUAUUAUUGCCUGAUGCUGUGUCUGUAAAGAGAGAGAAGUUUACAGACUCGGUUCAUUAUUCUCUGACCCUGUGAUAUCUGUAUGGGGGUGAUUAUUGAUUAUUGGCCAAAGAUAAGCAAAAUACUUGUUUUUGCCUUCUGUUAUUUAUCUGUACCUGCAGAUACAAAGAAUGUAUGCAUUGCAUAAAAUGCCUGAUUAUAUAUAUU